AGUGGCCAGGAACGGACGCGUUUAGACAGCCGCCGCCUGCCAGGCCUUGGUAGCACCCGGGACAGACAGAUCAUAUAAUAUUGUGUUUCGCAUAAGGUGAUAAAUCGUGGCCAUAAAUUAAUCUCCGCAGAUACAAAGUGAUAAAGUUAACUACACAAUAAAUACCUUGUGUUGUAUAGUGUAAUGUUAGGAGUUGAUAAUUUACGUGAGGUUCUGCUACAAUAGUGCGUUUUUCUAAACAGAUAACGGAGACUAAUACUAAACCCUGGAAACCAAGGCCAAGUUUAGAAGUGAAGCAAAAGAUUACUGGCGGGAGGGAAGACCCGCUCUAUAUGUGUGCUAACAAUACCCAAAUUACAUUGAAAACAACUCGAUCACCUGAAGCGACCGACCAGAUAUUGGAACUAUAGUGUGUGUGUGUGUUAUAAGAAGCACACCUGCCUCUACCUGACCUCUGUCACCAGGUCAGUGAGAGUGAUGGCGCCUCAACAACAAGCGUCCCCCUCAACACCCGCCACAGUUGCCUCCCCGUCAGCACCUCCUCUACCCUCCACCUCCACCGCUCUCCCAGGGUGUACAAACGAGGCGACCAUGGAGGCAGGCACCUGUGGGUCGACGCCUGCUGCUGCUGGAGAGGCCUCGAGCAAAACAUCACUUGCUACCAGACACAUUCUCGUCUUAAUGGGCUUCCUCGGCUUCGUCAAUAUUUACAUGCUGCAGCUCAACUUCCUGGUGGCGCUGCCGGUCAUGGUCAACCACACGGCCAUUGACGGCCAGGACUAUGGCAUCUCGAGUAUGGGGAUCCAACCUGUAAUGAAGGAGGGCCCAACGGUACACCUGGGGAGUGACCCACCUGACGAAGGUGAGGCAGCCUCUGACGUGGGCUCCAUCCCAUCACGCUCUGUGGUGGGUCACGGGGAUGUUAUAGGCCCCAUCAGGGAGGGUAAGGAAGCCGGUCUCUACAAAAUGGUGCCAGGGACGACCCAAUUACAGGCAGGCAACGUUCACGAUGAUGAUGGGUUCAUUAUGACCCUCCCGCAACAUGCCACCUACGGCGACACUUCCCACUUGAUGAACGUCCCGGGAGAUAUUGAUAGAGGCGGACACCCUUCACUGCAUGACGCCACGUUGACCACACCAGACGGUGAUGCGGCGACUACUGUUUUAUCUGACCUGACGGACACCUCCAGUCCUGAUAGUGAGUUGUUCUACACCACAAGACUUAACGAUGACUCGGGUCUAGAAACCUUCACCUCUGCUGGUCAACUCUUCACUGGCAUCUCUGAGUUAGAUGAAGUGUCCACACAUUUUCCCGAACACGAAGUACUCACAACGGAUGUUCCUCAAAGCAAGACUUUUGUUCUUUUGAAAAACCAAAACUCCCCGCGAGCAGAAAUUGUUGCAUCAACCAUGGCUGAAAAUAUCUUCCACUCCACCAGUGAUGACGUCACAGCAAUGUCACCUGAUCAUCAUGAAUUGAUGGCGACGACCACCACCAAGAGUAAAGUGACACCACCACUACUUCCUGAAGUGACAACACCUCAACAUCCUGAAAUGAGGACAACACCUCCACAUCCUGAAGUGAGAACAACACUGAAACUUCCUGAAGUGACAACACCUCAACAUCCUGAAGUUACAACACCCCAACAUCCUGAGGUGAAGACAACACUACAACUCCCUGAAAUGAGGACAACACCUCAACAUUCAGAAGUGACAACACCUCAACAUCCUGAAAUGACAACACCUCAACAUCCUGAAAUGACAACACCUCAACAUCCUGAGGUGAAGACAACACUACAACUUCCUGAAAUGAGGACAACACCUCAACAUCCUGAAGUAACAACACCUAAACAUCCUGGAGUGACAACACCUCAACAUCCUGAGGUGAAGACAACACUACAACUUCCUGAAAUGAGGACAACACCUCAACAUCCUGAAGUAACAACACCUAAACAUCCUGGAGUGACAACACCUCAACAUCCCGAAAUGAGGACAACACUUCAACAUUCAGAAGUGACAACACCUCAACAUCCUGAACCGAAGACAACACUACAACUUCCCGGAGUGACUACACCUUCCCAACACCACAUUGUCACCACAACUUCUCCAGAAAAUGUUGCUGCUUCACCGUCAGAGGUAAAACAAUUUACAGCAGCUCAAGGAAGCAUGACGUCUAGCACGGCAAGGAACGAUGACAAACAGUUCCCUCACCAACAAGAUGUUACCCUAACGACUACAGGACAAGGAACAUCUUCAGAUGCAAUGAAUGUUUCUCCUUCAACUAAAUUUAACACUCCUUUCCCACCCAGUACUCCACAAACUACCUCCAGCCACAAGACAACCACAACAGUUGACGCAGAAAACACCCAUACAUCACUGAUCAGUGAUGUCAUCACCGUCACAGCGUCAACACAUGACAGGUUAGCCACACACAGCUCCCUGGGUGGCGCUGCAAACGCUAAACGAACCCACAAGAAGAGAUCCGUCGAGGACAAGCAUCUGAACUCUGCCAACACCAGCGACGAACACGACACUCAGGGAUGCUCGCCCACUGACGACUGUGAGCCAGGCAAGGUCAGGAAUACUACACAAAAAGAGAGAGAAGCAGUGGAACUAGGUCAAAUAAAUGAAGGAGAUAUUAACGGUACGGACAUAUUUGAACUUGGUCAAAUUAACGGUACAGACAGAUUUGAACGUGGUCAAAUUAACGGUACAGACAGAUUUGAACUUGGUCAAAUUAACGGUACAGACAGAUUUGAACUUGGUCAAAUUAACGGUACAGACAGAUUUGAACUUGGUCAAAUUAACGGUACAGACAGAUUUGAACUUGGUCAAAUUAACGGUACAGACAGAUUUGAACUUGGUCAAAUUAACGGUACAGACAGAUUUGAACUUGGUCAAAUUAACGGUACAGACAUAUUUGAACUUGGUCAAAUUAACGGUACAGACAUAUUUGAACUUGGUCAAAUUAACGGUACAGACAUAUUUGAACUUGGUCAAAUUAACGGUACAGACAUAUAUAACGGAACUACUAACGGAAGCCUCAUCUGGUACCUAAGUGACGACUGGGAUGUUAAUGGAACAAACUCAAACUCCUCUGAGAGUGAAUCAUCUUCAUCGUCCAGUUCAUCGUCAUCGUCGUCCAGCGAGUCUCUGAGCACCGAGUCCAGCGAGUCCAGCGAGUCCAGCGAGUCUAGCGAGGAGUCCAGUGAGGAAAGUGACGAAGACGAGGACGACAGUAACGAGGCGAGAGAAUACAACUCAGCGGAACUGGAUGCCUUACACUUCUACGGCAACGACUCCCGGGAAUACAUUGAGGGCCGUCGCUACCUACACCACAAUGGUUCCUCCCGCCCUUAUGAUCAUUCUGACAGUGAUAGUGACAGCGACGAGUCUCUUUAUGAUGAUGAUGACGACGAUGACGAUGAUGAUGAUGAGGAUGGUGAUGAAGACGAUGAAGAAGACGAAGAUGGUGAAAACGAAUCGGCGGAACAUGUGAGGAAGAACGCUAAUGGAGAGAUAAUGUUGGCCAACCAGAAGUUCCCCUCUACAGUGUGUUUUGAACCCCGCAUGGUGGAGCGUCCUCAACCCCAGCAGAAUGGGGAGUUCGAGUGGCCAGCAGAUCUUCAGGAGCGGUUACGAUCAGCCUUCUCCUGGGGCUUCAUCCUUACGCAACUGGUGGGUGGACGGCUGGCGGGCGUCAUGGGCGGGAAGCUGCUACUGCUGCUGGGCGUCUUCUUUGCUGCUCUCCUCACUUUGCUCACGCCCACUGCUGCGAUCUUAGGCCCGUACUGGCUCUUGGCCGUUCGGAUCAUGGUGGGCGCGUCAGAGGGCGUGUGUAUACCCGCCAUGCAGGCCGUCAUAGCACAGUGGGCGCCGCCCCUAGAUCGUACCGUCAUGGUUGCCUACACUUACUCUGGUCUGGCAGUGGGGGCAGCCCUUGGUGGACCAGUGUCAGAGUGGGUAGUGACAGUCAUCGGGUGGCGCGGACUGUUCUACUGUCAAGGUGUACUGGCGAUGGUGUGGUGUCUCAUGUGGCAGCUCCUGGUGGCCGAGAACCCCUCCAAGCACCCCAGGAUUACGCCACAGGAGAAGAAUCACAUCACGUCUGCUAUCGGGGCACAACACGCCGGCCGAGGCCUCCCGGUGCCCUGGACUCAUCUGAUCAGGUCACGACACGUGUUAGCUGUGGUGUUGGCCGAGCUAGGUUUCUCCUGGGCUUGGUUCACCUUACUACACCACGCCAGGGAGUACACUGUCACCGUCCUUCAUGUUCCUCCUCAUCAGGUGCGGGUGGCCUGGGGUACAGCUCUCUUCGCCAUGUGGGUAACAGCACUAGUCUACGCUACCCUCGCUGACUGGAUCCGACGUACUAACCGUCGCUCCACUGUUGUCGUUCGUCGCAUCGCGAACACCAUAUGUGCACUGGUGACGGCAGGCUGUCUCAUAGGUGUAGCCCAGUCGAGCUGCUCACAGGUGGCGGUGUUAGUGUGGGGCUCCAUGGCUGUGGUGCUGGGCCUGGCCGCCUCCUUCUCUACCUUCCUCGUCAACGGUAUAGAGUUAGCACCUAACCAUGCUGCGGCCAUCGCUGGCUUCAGUGGCACUAUCAGCGCUUCCGUUAAGAUCCUCUCCCCGCUGUACGUCGCCUACCUCACCGACGGACAGGCGACGCUGGAGCGGUGGAGGAUGGUGUGGUAUACAGGCGCCAUCAUCCUCACACUUACUAAUUGCCUCAACUUCCUGAUGGCGUCGUCGAAGGAGCAGGUGUGGAACAGACCUGUUGCAGUACCAGUGUACCCCAAAAGGGAAGCCAACAACCUGGCCCAGCGAAGAGUACGACCGGGGCCACAUCCACAAGGCCUGCCCAGAGGCAACAAAAAUCCCGCCUAUAUGUACACCGAACACUUGUAGGAGCCUCUGAGCGAAGAUUUUAUACCUUAUGAAAAACUUUCCCUCUACAUCUUAGGAAAUGUCUUCGUCAGUGUCAGUGUAUGGAGGAGAGGAUCACCAUAGAAGGGGUGUGCGGGCGGGCCUCUCUAGGGGCUGGCCAGCUCUGGGUGAAGUCGUGCUUGAUCAGUGUUACCAACUACUAUCUCUCCUGCCGUUACAUCUGUUCUGGUUAAUGCUCAGAGUUUAUGACUGUGAUAGUAACAAGGAAUAAACUCUUCGUGAUAACACACCAACAUUUACAAGUGUUAAUUCAGGACAACUCAAGUUUUCAGUGCAGUUGUCGGUACAGUUCAUAGAAUGGGUAAAAACUUGACACAACUUUUGUAACAUAAUUUAGCAUAAAGCUUAUUACAAAAAAGUACAAGCAAAAAAAUCUUCCAAUGAGCCGUAAUCGUUGGAUCAGGCAUGACGUCACACAUGGUAAUGACACAACAGAUCCCGAGGACCACAGUCACUUGUCAGACACAACUCUGGCAAGAGACCUUCCAAUGAAACUCUAUCACAAGUUUCACACAAGAAGAUAUUUGGAUUAAAUACGGUACAGCAGUUAUCUUGGAUUCUAUUGAUGACAUCGGACACAAUAUUGAAAGAGGACCGUCAAAGGAACAUUAUUUAUUGAGAAGAAAAACUGUGUAAAGUUUACGAGGUGAUGGUCGACCACAGCAGUACUUCAGGUUUAGUAAUAAAGUAGUAAUUUAGUUUUGGACGGCGCCAGUCACCAUGAGGGAACUGUUGACCAAAAUGUUUAUACUGUAGAACUCAAUUUCAUAAACGGAAAUAUAAUGUCCACACUAACAUUUUCCUGUUUAGUUCACAAUAGCAGUUGCUCUCUACCAAAAGUAUUAAUUAAUAACAGUUAGACUUUCAUUAUUAAGCAUUUGAUUUUCUAAAUGAUACUAAAUAAGUCUGUACAUUCAGUAUAAAUAGCACUUGUGUUCUACACAAUAUUUGCAAAACAUUGUGAAGAACGAUAACUAUGUAUUUUUAUCAAUGCUUUAUUAUUGUGAGCAUUAUCUAUACAAUGCUUAAUUAAAAAGUAAUUAUUUACACGAUAACCAAAUAUCUUGUCUUCACACUUUAAUGUAUUUGUAACGUAGUGUUAACAAAAUACAACUUUGCCCCUUAAAAAAAUAAAUAUAUACAGAUCGGU